UACAAAUAAUAAAAUGGCUACAUUCUCCAAGACCGGAUUCAAGACUUUGAACUACAACUCGUUUCGUCCGAGGUACCCUCCGUCCUUUUACCAACUUUUGGCCAAGUACGCGACGGGUUCUGACUCGCCAAAACCUAUUCAAAGAACCUUGGAUAUAGGAUGUGGAACUGGAAUUGCAACCUACGAUCUACUCAACAUCUCCGAAAACGUCGUGGGGUUGGACUUGUCGCCAUCUAUGGUGCAAACGUGCAACGACUUGAAGGCCCAACGUUGUGAGGAAUUGGGAAUUAAGGACCAAUCUCGUGUUUCAUUUGUGGAGGGAGAUAUCGACAGUUUACCUACAAACGAGAAGUUCGACUUGAUCACGGCCGCACAGUGCCUUCACUGGUCGAGUGACUUCCCAAAGUUCUUUAAGCGGAUUCACGAGAUCCUCAAGCCCGGUGGGACGUUAGCUUACUGGUACUACGUGGAUCCGAUAUUUGUAAAUGAUUCUCCAGAAGCUUUGCAAAAGGCAAAGAAAAUCUACUUCAAGUACGCCUACGAUGACCCCAACCUCAUGGGACCACACUGGGAGCAACCGGGCCGAAAUGUUAUUAAGAACUGCUAUGUGGAUGUUAACAAGCACAUUCCUAAAGAAGCUUUCACCGACGUGACCAUCGACUCGUACUAUCCUCUGGUGGACGCGUACGUGCCUCCUUCGGACGACAAGAACCUUGUUUUGGUCAAGCCUGGGGUGGGCAUAAAAGCCAUGGAAAAGUAUUUUAGUACUUAUAGUGGAUACCAUAACCUUUUAGCGGUCAACAAGGAUUCAACGUUUAUUGACGACUAUGCCAAAGAAUUGAAGGAAGCCACCGGAUGGACCGACGACACCAAGUUAGAUAUGGUGUGGAACACCGGUUACACGUUCUUGAAGAAGGCCUGAGAAUUCUGACUAUUUAUAAUUCAAUAUAUACCCUAUGAAGUG